AUGGCGAUGAAGCUGUCUCUCGGUGGUGACAGAGCUCUCUCACUUUGCUUCUCCUCGAAUCAAAGAGUGCGUGGCUCGAAGGUACAAGAGGAAGGAACCUCAAACGAGAGGAGGGCAAAGCAGAGCAAUACAGGGAUGGAUUCCAAUCCAUACUGGCAUGGUAGUAACUUUGUUGAUCUCCUUACGAGUCAACAAGGUGUCUUUAGUUUAGUAGAAGAAACUGUCCCUGAAGACACUCCUGCUGAGCGUAAGGAACGCCGGAUGUGGACGCUUGUAGAAGAUAUGGUGCUCCUCAGCUCCUGGCUCAACACAAGCAAAGAUCCAGUAGUGGGAAAUGAGCAACGGUCUGGGACAUUCUGGAAAAGGAUUGCCGCUUACUUUGCGGCAAGUCCCAAGGUUGCAGCCACUGAACUCCGAGAAUACACUCAUUGCAAGCAGCGUUGGCACAAGAUAAAUGAUCAAGUCAACAAGUUCUGUGGGGCUUUUGAAGCAGCAAGUAGAGAGAAAAUGAGUGGGCAAAAUGAGAAUGCUGUUCUCAAAUUAGCUCAUGAAAUAUUCUUCAACAACCACCAAAAAAAAUUUAUCUUUGAGCAUGCUUGGAAAGAGCUUCGGAAUGAUCAAAAAUGGUGUGAACUCUCACGCCAAGGAACCGCAAAAAGGAGGAAGUGUGACGAGGGUUCACAGUCGGAGACUUCACAUGCCAAUGCAACCGGGACAGAGGAGCGUCCCUCGGGUGUUAAGGCAGCAAAAGGGAAGAAGAAGAAGAAUUUUGAGGUCGCGGAAACGCUGUCAAAGUUUCAGACUAUGUGGGAAAUUAAACAGCAAGACUUGGCCAAGAAGGAUAGUCUUACAAAAAUGCGUCUACUUGAGAGCUUACUUGCAAGGAAGGAACCCUUAGAUGAUUAUGAAGAAGCUCUAAAGAAAAAGCUCAUAAUUAAGUGCUUGUCUAACUAG